AUGAAGGAAUGGAUGCAGAAAGUCCUCGGACCAUAUGUCAGGCGCCAAAUCAAGGAGCUGGGCUUGAGUGACGAUCAGAAAUCUGUGCUUUACAUUGAUUUCUAUCCUGUUCAUACAGGGAAGGAGUUUUGGGUGUUUGUUCACGAGAACUUUCCACAUGUUAUCAUCAUCUUUGUCCCUGCCAACUGCACACCCGUUCUUCAACCGGCUGAUGUCGGACUCCAACGCGUCUACAAGCAUCACAUCAAGCAGUCAUAUCUCGCUUGGAUGGUGCAAGCCCAUCAGCAACAGAUUGCCGAAGGCUUCACGGCUGAGAAAGUCAAAUUCACGACCUUGCUUCCUGAGCUUAGGAAGGCUUGGGAAAAAUGUGAAAUUCCCGCUGACUACAAGGCUUGCCGAGAGGGUUACCACCUCGGAAAGGAUUGUUUAACUUCGAAACAAUCAAAGGCUGAUUGUCGUCGCUACAUGAAGGAGCACCCGGAACUACGGACAGAAAUUGAGGACAAGAUUGGUGAGGUUUUGGACCUUGAUAUAGCAGAUUUGGCGGCUGCUGAAGCCACGGAGGCGCUGGAGGCUGCCCGUUUCGACGAAGAAGAUGUCUUCACCACAGACAGUCACUCGGAUCAUUUGGAAGUCCCGCUCCCCGCCAUCAUCCAUGAUGCCUUCUGUACCAGCGAUGAGGAACUCACGGAUCUCUCGCUUGCUACACCACAUCGAUAUUGUGUUGAAGGCAAGGAUGUUGUGGCUGAUGGGGGCAGCCAGGUUCUCCGAGCUGGCUCACAGACGGAGAACAUCUGGGGUUAUGAUUCUGAAGGACGACUUUUGACCGAGGACUUGUUUUUUGACCAGUACAUAAAUCUUCCUGAGGAAGAGGAAUAA